AUGGACGUGGAGUCGGGUGCUGAGGCACCUCAAACGGAGGAUUUCCCCCCUCCACCGCCGCCGCCAGCUGGUCCAAGUGCAAGACGCGCAAGAGUUCAGCUUCCAGAGCAUGAUCACGAUGAUGGUCCCACAUACUAUCGACUGGGCAUCGACUAUCCUAUCGAUGCCGACGACGAAGAAAUCCAUCAUCAGUGCGCACGCAUCAAGAAGUUGGAGAAUUUGGACAGUGUUGGAGCGAAAUUGCGAAAAUUAUGCUUGGUGGCCAACUGCGUUGAGAAGAUUGAGAGCCUUGAGACAAACAUAAACUUGGAGCACUUGGAGCUGUAUCAAAACAUGGUGAAGAAGAUCGAGAACAUCAGCCAUCUGCAGAACCUCACUGUAUUGGAUUUGUCCUUCAACAAGAUUCGCAGCACAGAGCCGCUGGCAGCGUGUCCUUUCGAACAUUUGGAGAAGUUGUACUUGUCGAGCAACAAGAUCACGGAUGUUGAAGGUGUGUUUCAUUUUUACAAGCUGAAAAUGUUGGAGCUAGGGUCCAACAGGAUCAGAAGCGUGCCCGUGCAGAUCUCAGCCUUAGUGAACUUGCAAGAACUCUGGCUGGGCAAGAAUAAGAUUGCCAGCAUGUCCCUGCCACCAUUACCUGCCCUACGGCAUCUGAGCUUGCAAAACAAUCGUUUGGAGUCUUGGGAGCCUGCAUUCUUUCGCAACCUUGCCGGGUUGACCCAUCUCUACCUCGGGCACAACAACCUUCCCGAUCUUCCAGACGAGUUCGCUCUUCUGACGAGUUUGAUCGAGGUGGACCUCGUCAGAAAUGCCAUUACACAAAUCAAGCCGAUUCCGGAGCUGCAGAACCUGGAAGAGCUGUGGUUAAAUGACAACCAGAUUGAUGAUUUGACGCAGAUUGCCAACCUCUCGUCUUUUCCUUCCUUGAAAACGAUUUAUUUGGAACGGAAUCCCAUCCAGGACCUGGGCAACAAGCAAGCCGAGGAGAGGUACCGUGAGGCAAUCCUUCAAGCAGUCCCCUACAUUCAACAGCUCGAUGCCGAGCGAUUGAAUGUCGAGUUGAAGGUCAUCAGUGAUGGAGCAGAGCGGCAUGUCAUGGGCAUCCGGCGAGCGUAG